AUGUCGGAUAAUGAAUAUGGAGAUAUCGAUGAAGAUGUUUGGAAUGAGGCUGAAGCCUUGAAUCAAGCAUCGCAAACGUUUCCGUUUAAUCCCCCGCAUCGGCGAAAACGAAGGCGAAUCAUCUCAGACGAAGGGCUCGACGAUGACCAUGACGAUGACUCAAUUGCGCGACGACGUCGGUCCCGAGACUCCAUACAUGGCGAUAAUGAUGAAGGCGAUGAGAAAAAAAAGUCGAAAUAUAGGAUACAUCUUGCCGAUCAAGAAGUGCCGGCGGCAGUCAUUAUGGGGGCUACACAAGCGGAUGGAAUGCCAGAUUCUAGUCCUUACAGGAUCAGAGGACCAAUAUACAGGAAGCCUAGGUCCCCUUAUCCGUCAGAACCAGAGCCCAGAUCUACGCCAGCAUUAGCCUCUAUUUUUCGACCUGCCAGAGCUCAAAAACAGACUAAUGUUCCCACCCCCGACCUUGUUUACGAUUUCUCCAAAGAGCUUGAGGAUCUACCCUCUGAUGCUUUCUCUCCAAGUCCGCCAGAGCAGCGCAUGGUAAAUGGUUCGAUUACGAUAACUUCGUCACCAACAUUUGGAUUUACACAAUCAGUUCGUUCUCAGCGUUUGGCUGCACCACAGAAUGCCCUUCGCCAAACUACACUCUUUGGUGGGCGUGCUCCAGACCAGAUGCCAUCUGCCACUCAAGCCAGAAAAGUUCAUAAUUAUUUUGUAGAUAAGGUUCCAGAACCACCAACUCACCAUUCUCUGGACCAAGAGGCUAUCAAAACAUGGGUGUAUCCUAAUAACCUAGGUCCAGAACGGCGAUAUCAAUACACAAUCGUACACAAGGGUCUUUUUAACAAUCUCCUGGUGGCUCUGCCGACAGGUCUCGGGAAGACAUUUAUCGCAGCGACUAUCAUGCUCAACUUUUUUCGGUGGACGAAGGAUUCACAAAUAGUCUUCAUGGCCCCAACAAAACCUUUGGUGUCUCAGCAAGUCAAGGCUUGCUUCGAAGUUGCAGGCAUCCCGAGAUCACUAACGACCAUGCUCACAGGAGAUCAGAAGCCCGCUUUAAGAGCCGAGGAAUGGGCUGAAAAGAGAGUAUUCUUCAUGACACCACAAACUGUCGAGAAUGAUUUGAAGUCUGGUAUAGCUGACCCUAAGAGGAUCGCGUUGCUUGUUGUUGACGAAGCGCAUCGAGCAACUGGCAACUACGCGUAUACCAACGUUGUCCAGUUUUUACGACGAUUCAACAAGAGUUUUCGUGUCCUUGCUUUGACAGCCACCCCUGGAUCAACCGUGGAAGCAGUUCAAGAGGUAAUUGACAACUUGGAGAUUGCCGAGGUCGAGAUUCGAACAGAAGAGUCUAUUGAUAUUAAAGAGUACGUACACCGACGAGAUAUCACUGAGAUUCUCAUAGACCCUUCCGACGAAAUAAUCAUGAUCAAAGAGCUUUUCAGCAAGGCACUCCAGCCGCUUGUUACUUUACUAUGCUCGCAAAACGCCUAUUACAGUAAGGAUCCCAUGGGGCUGACUCAAUUUGGCAUGCUCUCAGCUAGAAAAGCGUGGAUGGCAUCUAAUGCAUCAAACACUGUAGAUAGGGCUGUCAAAGGGAUGGUAAAUGCCUUAUUCACUGUGUUGACGAGCAUGGGGCAUGCAAUAAAACUUCUAAACUACCAUGGAAUCGGACCAUUCUUCUCAAAUAUCAAGGACUUCCGAGCGGAGGUUGAGGGAAACAAGAAAAGCGGGAAGUAUAAAACCCAAGUUGUCAAUAGUGCUGACUUUAAGACAAUGAUGGACCGGAUUCAAAGUUGGGUCAACAAAGAAGACUUUAUUGGUCAUCCAAAGCUCACUCAUUUGUGUGACACGGUAUUAAAUCACUUUCUUGAUGCCGGCGCCGGUUUGAUGGGUGACAAUAUGCCACCUUCAAGCACUCGAGUAAUUGUUUUUACAGAGUAUCGGGAUAGUGCCGAAGAUGUAGCACGGGUACUUAAUAGACAUGGUCCAAUGAUUAGGGCAUCUGUCUUUGUAGGUCAAAGUGACUCGAAGCGCUCAGAAGGCAUGAAUCAGGAAAAGCAGCUGGAAACUAUACAAAAAUUCAAAGCCGGCAGCAUAAAUGUUAUAGUUGCAACUAGUAUCGGAGAAGAAGGUUUGGACAUUGGAGAAGUAGAUCUUAUCGUUUGUUAUGAUUCUUCUUCGUCGCCGAUCAGGAUGUUACAACGAAUGGGCCGUACAGGAAGAAAGAGAGCCGGUAAGAUCGUUCUGCUCCUCAUGCGUGGAAAGGAGGAAGAUUCAUACAAAAAGUCUAAGGACAAUUAUGAGCAGAUGCAGAGGUUGAUUAGUGCUGGGUCUCGCUUCACUUUUCGCCACGAUCUAUCGGCUCGCAUCGUUCCUAGAGACGUCAAGCCUGAGGUGGACAAACGUUGGAUUGAAAUUCCUCCAGAGAAUACUCAAGAUCCAUCCCUACCGGAACCUAAACGACGUGCCAAAGCCAAGAAAAAGCCGGCGAAAAAAUUUCAUAUGCCUGAUGGUGUGGAGACAGGUUUCCGCAAAGCUUCAAAUCUGAAUAGCAAUGUUGCAGGUCUUUCUCAGCUAGACUUCGGUAUCAAGCGAAAACCUCGUGAGCUGAAUGAUGAUGAGCUGGCGCCAAUUCCCCUGCUGGACUCCGUGUUACUGAGCGCGAAGGAUUUGUCAGAGCUUGAUCGCCGUUUCUUGAGGGUACCAGAUGGUGCUUUGGAAGAAGUCGAGAUGCCCGAUUUGACAGGUCAACCUAUCACCCAGCGAUCUUUAACUCUAACAACUAAGGUAUCACAUGGAAAAUACACCAAAAGAUGCGUCAAUCUAUUCAAAAAGCUGUCGAGAUUUCAACGACCCGAGGAUCGCUAUAUCAAGCCAUACGGAGAUAUACCACCAUUUGACCUCGGUAGUGUGCCACUUAUGCCGUUAGAAGCGGAAUUACGCGCUAGUGUUCCCAAACCCUCUAAACCUUCAAAGCCCACACAAGUUUCCAAACCUUCUAAAGUCCCCAAAACCACACUCGCGCCCAAGAAAAUACCCGCUCCUAAAAAGACUGCAUUCAAAAAAGCUCCAGCACGUCGUAAUCGCCCGCCUCAAAACGACAACUCCGAGUCAGAAGAUAGCACCGCAUCUAUGGCCAUGGUAUCUCAUCUCCGCUCUUCACAGAUCCCUCAACCAGCGCCUGACUCUGAAGAAGAAGGGCCAGGUGAACGAGUUGAUAGAACUAGCGACAUGGAAGACUUAGAAGCGAGUGACGAUUCGGAUUUGGGGAGUUUAGCGGAUUUUAUCGAUCCCACACAAACUCAGAAUCGAAUACAGCUUACUGGCACGUCUAACUUUUCUUCGAGUCCGCCGCCGCCGAUGGAGAGGUGGGAUGGGAGUGAAAGAGGAAAAGGGAAAGCGAGAGUUGGGAUGCUGGGAAGAGCGGUGGAAAGAGAUAGAGCUAAAAUCCCAUCUUCCGAGAGGACGGCUCCUACGAUGAUGCAAGAGAGUAGCGACGAUGGUGAUGAUGGUGAAGAUGAUGAUGAUGACUUACCUACCAUCGAGGAUCUCGUCAGAGGUGAUGCCACCACUAGAAGGAUUGGGAAAUCCCUAACUAGUAGUGUAUUUAGCAGCGGGCAAAAGUCGACGCCGAACAUGUUUACGAGGAAAAGAGAUGGUGAUGUGAGGGUAAGAGGAACAAAGCGGAUGAUUGUGGAUAGUGACGAUAGCGACGAAUGA